AUGUGUGGGGAAGGUAGAGAAAGUGCAAGCACUGGUAUUAAAUGGAAAGCCAGAAAAACUCUAACUCAUAGUUGGGAAAGUCAACUGUGGAGAGAGAAAAAGUUUGGCUUAAGAGAGCACCUAUAUUACAGACCUGUUUAUGCUGAAAGUAUUCCACGGAAAUUUGUUUUCGAACACAAAAAUUUUCUUAUUCAGCAGUAUAAUUGUCAGCCUGCAAAAUACAUAGUACCAGAAGAAAGUUCCCCAAAUCUUAAUGAUUUUAAGAGGGCCCAAAGUCUUGGACAUUUUGAAAUAACCAUCCUCGGUCUGAACCAUGAGAGAGCAAUUGAUGUUGCAUUUCUACCCCUGUACUGUCCAGAAGAUAUCCGAACAUCUCAAAUAGACACAUUAUUAUCCUGUAUGAAUUACAGCUGUGUGUAUCCACAGGAAGUAACUGAUUCUGAGAGGAUGCCAGGUCCAAGAGCCCUUGCAGGUGAUAUUAUAAAAGCAGCAACUAAACUGGAUAGAAUGCAUGUCAUCUGUAUCUUGGAUAUCUGUAAUUUGGGUAACAACAAUGUAGAAGUCUAUUUACAUAAAAUUUAUAGACCAGAUAAUGCUCCUUAAAAUUAGCAAAUGGAAUUAUUACAGAUUGUUAAAUAGGGCAAUGCAUUAAUUAUAUUCUAUCAUUUUGUUGGUAAUUUUGAUAACUGUUUUUCUGCAAGAAUAUUACAUAAGCUCCCAAGUUAUUAAGUAGUUUAAUGUUAGUCUUGUAUUUGGAGUUAACAGACUUCAUUUUAAGUUCUUUACUGAACCAGUCAUUAGAAAAAUUUUUGUGUAUCAAGAAAAUUUACCUUACUUCGAUGUGACUAUUAUCUUGACUUUUAAUAAUUUAUGUUCACUGUCUUAUUUGUGAAGUGUACAUUUGUUCUAAAGCCUCAGCAUAGGGCAUCUUGACUUCAGAAGAGUAACUACAUAGACAUUUGACAUCCUGCAACUUUUAUUCACCUAUAAUGGCAAGUUUUGAGUUGCUAAUUUGAAGAUUAAAUGCUUCUAAAAUGGUCAAUCUGCAUUUCUUACAACUAAGGUAGUUUCUGUCAUUUUCAAAAGCACACAACAAUUGUUAUGGUCUCCUUGCCCCAUUCUUUAGUUUAAUCAGCUGUGCAAUGUGAAUGAAUUAAAUUGUCUUAAGGUUUUCCACUCCCUAUUGUGACUUCAUAUCAUUUGAAUUUCUAAAUGUUUUCACCAGUCUGUUAUUUUAAAACCAGAGGCUACAGUGUAUCUAAAUUUUUGCUGUAUUCAGUUGUAAUUUGGGUACAUGUAAUGUGAGCUUAAGUAGUGAAAUUUUUAUCUCAUAUUAACAUUUCAGGUGCUUAUAUUCAAACUAUAAAACAGUAACAAAGGAAAUUGAUUUUAUUCUGGUUGUCUAUUAUACUUCAUUUUAAAUGUAAAUGGCCUUCCACAUUUGCAAGGCCCUAUGGUUGACAUCUAUGUGUAUCUAUGACCAACACAUGAGUUAAAAAUUAUUCUGUAUCAAGAUGAAUCUGAUUAUAGUUAAGCUAUUAAUUUGGAGGGUUUCCUUCUAACCUUAUUGGUCUGUGACUUCAUAUGCUAUACAUUUAAAAUGUAUUUGGCAGCUUAUGAACCUAAAGACAGAUGCUACAGUUUGUCCAUAAAUGUGUUCGGUCUUUUGUUCUUUAUAAUUGUAUUUAAAUGUUAAUUAGAAUUGUGAAUCCUCCUCAUGGUAAAAUUCUGAGUGUGUUAUUAAAGCAUUUAAAAAGCA